UGCUACUUUGGGAUGAAUAUUCAAUUCUCUUGACUGGUGUACUUUCAGAAUCUGGCGUGGCAUGUGUUAAUAAUACUCUGCAUUCAAAUCAGUGAGAUUUCUGCUAUAGAAAUCGAUGAUCUCAUACUGGAUUCAACUGAUCUACAUUCAAACGAGGAUCAGAUCCAAUCAUUAUGGGACCAGGAAGAUAUAAAGACAUCAAAUGAUAAACCAAACAAGGAAAACCUCUACUUUGAGUAUGGUCCAAACAAUAAUCGAAUACCAGAUUUUUGUAUAUGUAGAUCAGAAAUGUUCUCAAAAUUUUUGACUUGUACAUGUCAUGCUAGGUCUCAAAUGGAUCAUUGGCCUUUAGAAAACAUUCUGGAAUUUUUACCACACAAUAUUACCAGAAUUAUUUUACACAAUUUCAAUUUUGGAGUUUUGCAAAACAACUCUUUCAAACAUUUUUCUAGAUUGCAUGAUGUAUCGAUUUGGAUGAGUAAUCUAACUGCUAUUGAAGAAGAUGCUUUCCAACAUUUUGAUAAUAUGGAGAACGUUAGUAUAGCACUAUACGGAAAUGAUAUCAAGCAUAUAGAACCUGGUGCAUUCAGAUAUGGAAAUAGUAUAUGGAUGUUAAAUUUAAAUUAUAACUUCAACAUGGGACUUGAAAAUGCUAAAAGAAUUCUGAAUGACUUAAACGGCAAGAAAAUGGAUACACUCAAGAUGGAGGGGUGUGGCUUGGUGAUUGAUAAAAUUGACGGAGCAUUUUUCAAAUCAUUAAAAACAUCACAACUCGAGACGUUAAAUUUAGUUGGAAAUACUAUUGAGACUUUGGCUCCUGGUGCCUUUGAACCAAUCAAAUUGUUGAAAAAGUUGUGGAUUUCAAAUUUCAUGUAUGUAAGCACAUCAACUUUUGAUACUUUACAACACCUCACAGAAUUUA